AUGUCAGAUCUAGCAGUCGGUCAGAUCGUUCAGCUGACCGACGGCCGCAAUGGCGUCGUACGCUUCGCCGGCACCACCCAUUUCGCCUCGGGCGAAUGGGUCGGCAUUGAAUUGGAAGAUGACUCUGGAAAGAACGACGGCAGCGUCCAGGGCGAGCGCUACUUUGACUGUUCCAUGGGACGAGGCAUGUUUGUGCGGCCGUCGACCCUGACUAUUCUCGCCCAGGCUCCAGCUCCAGCUGCGGCGCCGGCCGCCCGACCUACCGUCAGGAAGACGAGCAGGCCCAGCAGCUUCGUGCCCGGCACGGGCAGGGUGCCGAGUGUCACCGACCCGAGCAUGGUCAAGCGGAUGAGUCUGAACGCUGCUAGUCCCAGCCCGGCCCCGCGCACAUCUCGACCUGCGAGCGUCGUACGGUCUCCUACGAAGUCGCCAACGAAGCAAAUUGGUUCGACCACCUCGAGCACCGCACCCUCCCGGACCGGCACACCUUCGAACGCCAAAGGCACCGCUGCCACGAGAACUCGCCCGGCAGUAGGUGUUCGCACCUCCAUGGGGCCCCCUCCGAUCCCUCCCGCACGAGUGACCCGACAGCCAUCAACAUCGUCAGCAACAGGUCGCCCUCCCGCGAGGCCGCUUUCCAACCGCCUCUCCUUGUCCGGUUCGCGCAACGUGCCCAAGCCAGAUCCCCUCCGACGCCCAUCGGCCGAUUCGCAAGCAGGCAGGGAGCCCGGUUCGGCAGCAGACAGCGGCGACGACGGCAGGAGCAGCUCGCCAUCUAAGGGACCGGCUGAUCUGGCCUCACCGCAUGCCACGAGCCCGGUGCAGGCUCGGACCAACGCGCUCGAGCGGUUGACCUCGGGCAGGACGGCGACCACGACAGCACGGUCGCCGGCCACGGCCUCUCCGCGAACGGCCGGCGGGAACACGGCUGCGGCGCGGGAGAACGAAGACCUCAAGGCGAAGCUCCGUAGAAUGCAGGAGCUCCGCAAGCAGAUCAAGGAGGCCGAGACGCGGUUCGAGGCCGUGGAGCAGAUGCAGGCCGAGCAUGAGACGGCCCUGGAGCUGGCCACGCUGGACCGUGAGAUGGCGGAAGAGACGGCCGAGGUGCUCAAGGCUGAGCUCGAAGCGUUGAAGCAGAAAUCAGAGGAGCUUGAGUUAGAGGUGGAAAUCUUGCGAGAGGAGAACGAGGAGUUUAGCCAGGGCAUGACCCCCGAAGAGCGGUCAAGCACGGGCUGGCUGCAGAUGGAGAGGACGAACGAGCGGUUGAGGGAAGCACUGAUACGAUUGCGCGACCUGACCCAGGCUCAAGAAGCCGAACUUCGAGACCAGAUCAAGGCCUUGGAGUCUGACCUGCAAGACUACAGUACCGUGCAGGAGCAGUUCGAGGCCUCCAAGGAAAAGCUGGCGCAGUCCGAAAGCGCGGUCGAGGAUCUUCGACAACAGCUCGACAAUGCUCUCGGAGCUGAGGACAUGAUUGAGGACCUCACCGAGCGCAACAUGAGCAUGGCCGAAGAGAUUGAGGAGCUCAAGGCCGUCAUCGAGGAUCUCGAAAACCUCAAGGAGAUCAAUGACGAGCUCGAGAUCAACCACGUACAAAACGAGAAGGAGAUGCAGGAGGAACUCGACUUCAAAGACAGCGUCAUUACGGAACAGGCCCGACGAGCCGGCCAGCAAGAGGAAGCCCUUGAAGAUAUGGAGUACACCCUUUCGAGGUUCAGAGAACUCGUCACGAGCCUGCAGGGCGACCUCGAGGACAUGCGCGCGUCGCACGCUGUCACCGAGGCCGAGUCGGAGCAAUUAGACAGCAAGUCCCGCGCCAUGAUGGACCUCAACAUGAAGCUCCAGAUCUCGGCUGCCAAGACACAGGUCAAGACGAUUGACCUGGAGCUUCGCCGUCUGGAGGCGCAAGAAGCGGAGCAACACCUCGAAAUCGUCAAGCUCUUCUUGCCCGAGACCUACCAGGAGGACCGCGACUCCGUACUGGCGCUCCUUCGCUUCAAGCGACUGGCGUUCAAGGCCACUCUGCUCCAGGGCUUCGUCAAGGAAGGGCGAGGGGUGAACUCAAAGGAGGCCAAGUGCGCCAGCGAGCUGCAGCGCUCUAUUGCGCUCAUGACCCAUCUCGCCGAAGUUCACCUCACGGAAGAUCUGCAAAGCUUCGCCGACGCCAUGCACAUGCGCGCUCUCGUCGUGCAAAGCCAUCUGGAUUCGGCCGCUGCGGCCAUUACGACCGCCAGGGGCAUGGUCCAGAGGGUUGUUCCCGAGUCUGGCGAGGACGACGAGAUGGCACAACACUUCAGCAAGAAGGCCGAGCACGUUGUCGGCCAGACACGCAGCACCAAGGUCAUUGCCAGCAAGGCCGUGCGCGCUCUCGAGGAUCUCAAGAACCGAUCUCUCUCGCUGGCUCGAGACGACAGCACGGAAGAGGCGUUUGAGCAGUGCGAAGAGGCCGCAAAGGAUCUCGCCGCACUGGCGCGCCAGAUUGGUCUCGACUUGCACAAGCUGCUGCAUGAGGAGGGCAGGACCGAGCCAUACACGCACGUGGAGGUGCAGAACACGAUGGCGCAGACGGCCCUGUCGGCCGGUUCGUCGACCGACUCGGAUCUCUUCUCGACCUACGUGACCAAGCUCCGGGUCGUCACGCAGCAGAUUACGGACCUUGCCGGCCUCAGUUCUGACCUGACGCAGACGCAAGAGUUUGAGCUCAACCCGGCCCCCUGGAAGCUCCGCUCCCAAGAACUCAAGGCUCUCAAGACGAUCCCUGUGGAUGCCGAAGAGGAGCUCCGCCGCGUCAAGGAGGAGCACAACGAGGCGCGCCGCACGAUUGCGCAGCGCGACGAGAGCCUCAGCACAGCGACGCUCAAGAUUGAAACGCUCGAGUCCCGCAUGCGCGACGCACACCAAAAGGCGUCGCGCAUCGCCGACCUCGAGCCCAGAUCGAGACGGCCAAGCAGCGCGCGCGGCGCUCAAGGGAGGACAUAG